AUGGAAUGGCGAUGCUCCACGCCUGUGUUGUUGUUUUCAUGCAGUGGCACGCGUAAACAUUUCGAUGUCAGCUACCAACUAGUCAAUACCUGUAUAUUUCACCCUGAAUCUAACAAGCUUCAAUACGAACUUAUUUCUCUAUAUACACACCUCAAGCUGCAGCAUCCCAAAGAAAGCCAAGAAUCGAUGGCAGUCAAGGACAUUAGACCAGAUGUACUAGCUGUGCCAUUUCCAGCACAAGGGCACGUCAUGCCACUCAUGAAAUUGUGUCGAAAACUUGCGAAUCGUGGGAUUAAGGUUACAUUUGUUAACGCAGAACACAUAUAUGAAAAAGUAAUUACUGCAAUGUCCGAGGAAGAUAAGGAGAAAAGUCACUUAGAACUACUUUCGAUUCCUGAUGGACUGCAGACUGAGGAAGAUAGAAAAAAUGGGUUGCUAGAAAGUCUCAGAAGAACCAUGCGGGGAAAUUUGACGCGUUUGAUUGAAAAGAUUAACUGUGAAAACAGUGAUGAAAAGAUUAACUGUGUCAUAGCUGAUACGACAUUAAUUGGGUGGAUACUCGACGUUCCCAAAAAGGUGGGAGCUGAGACUGUAGCCUUUCAACCAGGUGCAACCGCAGACAUGGCCCUCAUUCUUCAAAUUCCAAAGCUUAUUCAACUAGGAAAUCUGGAUGCUAAUGGAUCUAUCAUGAAAAAUGAAAUGAUCAACCUGUCCAGUGAAAUACCGUCAUGGAGAAACAGUGAACUUCCCUGGGGCGUCUCAAGUGACUUAAAGGCUCGAAAGAUGGUCUUUGAAUGCUGCCAGACUGCUCAACAAGCACUACAUCAAGCUAAGUGGCUGAUCUGCAAUACAUUUUAUGAACUUGAAUCAUCAGCUUGUAAUUUGAUUCCCAAUAUUUGCCCUGUCGGCCCAUUGCUUAGUAGUAAUAGUUCUUCCAAUGGUGGGAGCAUUUGGGCAGAGGACAGAACUUGUUUAAAUUGGUUAGAUAAACAACAAAUUGGCUCAGUGAUCUAUGUUUCUUUCGGAAGCUUAGCUGUUUUGUCUCAGGAACAAUUUCAUGAACUGGCUUUGGCUCUUGAACUUUGUGGUCGACCCUUUCUAUGGGUUUUCAGAUCGAACUUUGCCAACCCAAAUGACUUUGAGCAAAGAGUAACAGAACGCGGAAAAAUGGUCGAUUGGGCACCUCAAGAAGAAGUGUUGGCUCAUUCUUCUGUGGGCUGUUUCUUAAGCCAUUGUGGGUGGAACUCAACUAUGGAGGGUAUAAGCAUGGGGGUCCCCUUCUUGUGUUGGCCCUACUUUUUAGAUCAAUUUCACAACCAGAAUUAUAUUUGUGAUAUGUGGAAGAUUGGUUUGAGGCUGAACCCAGAUGAGAAUGGACUCAGAUCAAGGCAUGAAAUUAACACUAAAAUAGAAAUGUUGUUUUCUCACAAUAGUAUUAAAGCCAAUGCUUUAAAAUUGAAGGAAGUGGCUCUCAGGAGUAUUUCCCAGUCAGGAACUUCUUUUCAGAAUUUCGAAACAUUCGUUGAUUAUCUGAAAAAAUGAAGAGGAUUGUGUUUGUCUAGUUUUAUUUCAUUAAUCGAUAAAUAGUCUUGUCGUG